AGGCGGCGGCCAUCUUGGCAGAGGUGGCGGGGCGAUGAGCGGCUCGAGGCCGAGGGUGGCGGCGCCAGGCCCCGAGAAGAAGCCGCCGCCGGGAAGCGCGGGGGUGCUGAGCCGGCUGCGGGGGCGGCGGGGCUCUGGGGACGCGGCGCCGCGGGCGGCCCUGCCCCGCUCAGAGUCGGAGCUGCUGGCGCUGGAGACCGUCCGGCCCGAACACGUCCUGGGGCUGGGCCGGGUCACGGAGAAUUAUUUAUGCAAACCUGAGGACAACAUCUACAAUAUCGAUUUCACCAGAUUCAAGAUCCGGGACCUGGAGACAGGGACAGUGCUGUUUGAAAUUGCCAAGCCUUCUGCUUCAGAGCAAGAUGAUGAGGACGAGGAUGACAGUGGAGAAGUGGACACCAGUGCAGGCCGCUUUGUUCGCUAUCAGUUCACCCCAGCAUUUCUCCGUCUCCGGACAGUCGGUGCAACAGUGGAGUUUACAGUGGGAGACAAGCCAGUGUCAAACUUCCGAAUGAUUGAGAGACAUUACUUCCGGGAUCGCUUGCUGAAGAACUUUGACUUUGAUUUUGGCUUCUGCAUCCCAAGCAGCAGGAACACAUGUGAACACAUCUAUGAGUUCCCCCAGCUCUCAGAGGACCUCAUCCGCCUGAUGGUUGAACACCCCUAUGAAACCCGUUCAGACAGCUUCUACUUUGUGGAUAACAAGCUGAUCAUGCACAACAAGGCUGACUAUGCCUACAACGGGGGACAGUAACCAUUGCGUUCAUGUCCACUGGAUGCUGUGCUAUCCCUAACCAUUCCAGACGUGUACAAAGGGAGGAGUGCUGCUGUCUCAUGCACCAGGGCCUCUUGCUGAACCUUUCCUUCACCCAUGGACUCAAAACAUGAAGCAAGAAGGCUGAGGUGGCAGUUUGUGACAGUAAAGGAAAUCUCCCUGCAGCAGUCCUCUCCCUGGCAUUCUUAGGUAUCUUGCCUCUGGCUUUCUCUCUGUUUCUGAUGGUACCUUGUUUAGGUUUCGGAUCAGGAAAUCUAAGGCUCUGCUAGCA